AUGCUUGCUCAUGGGUGUCGGGCGGCAAGCAAGGGAUGCAAGUUCAGGCUCGGUGGUGGACGUGCAGUUGAGUCGGGUUGUGGCAGUUGCUCUCAGUGUCGCUCAAGUCGCGGCGCGCGGUGGUCGUGCGUCGAGCGCGUGUGGAGUGAUGUCUGCGAGAUGAGGCUCUCGCUGGUGCUUCUGUGGUUGGGUGCGGCGGCGGCAUGCGGCCCGGGCCGCGGUUUCAACCGUCGCCACGGACCGCGCCGCAUCACCCCCCUUGUCUUUGGCCAGCACGAUCCGAAUGUUAGCGAAAAUAAGAACACCGCCAGUGGUCCUCCCGAGGGCCGCAUCACCAGAGAUGACGAGAGAUUUAAAGACUUAGUGCCUAAUUAUAAUCCGGAUAUAGACUUUAGGGACGACGAAGGCACUGGCGCUGAUCGUCUAAUGACUCAGAGAUGCAAGGAGAAAUUAAACACUCUCGCAAUCAGCGUUAUGAACCAGUGGCCGGGAGUGCGGCUCCGUGUGAUCGAAGGUUGGGACGAAGAGAAUAAUCAUCUAGACAAGUCUCUCCACUACGAGGGUCGGGCUGUGGACUUAACCACCAGUGACCGAGACCGCAGCAAAUAUGGUAUGCUGGCCCGCCUCGCUGUCGAAGCCGGCUUUGACUGGGUCUUCUAUGAAAGCCGGUCUUACAUUCAUUGUUCUGUUAAAACAGAAUCAUCUGUGGGAACUGGUGCUGGCUGUUUCCCUGGCGGCUCCGUAGUUCACACUGAGAAAGGACCGAAGGAUAUAGCUGCCUUGCAGAAGGGAGACAAGGUCUUAGCAGCUGAUGAUAAUGGCAUGAUGAUUUAUUCUAAGGUGCUAACAUUCAUCGAUCGUGAUCCUAAUGCAACUCGACAGUUCAUCGAGAUAACUGCGGAGAAUGGUGUUGCGAUCACAACGACGCCGUCACAUUUGCUCCUUCUCGCUGCAGCUGACGGUUGGCGCGAGGUCUUUGCGGCUAACAUCAAAGAGGGAGACGUACUAUUGACAAGAGGUCGAAGUGAUGUUAUGAGGCCCUCAAGAGUAACGAGAACUCGUAUCCUCACGAAACGAGGUGUUUUUGCCCCGCUUACCAAAGCCGGCACUAUCAUAGUGGAUGACGUUCUGGCGUCAUGCUACGCGCUAGUACGCAGUCAUUCGCUUGCGCAUGUUGCGAUGGCACCAUUGCGAUGGCUUUCCAGUUGGAGCACUUCUUCAGAAACGACCAAAGGCGUCCACUGGUACGCGAGCGCGCUUUACUCUUUCGGCGACUACGUAUUACCGGCAUCGUAUAGAUAUCGAUAAGUUUUAAAGAAUUAAUAUACAAUUUUCAUAUAUACGUCGCAGGUCCGUUUAGAUUUAUCUGUGAAAAUUUAUAUUAAUUCAAGAAAAUAGAAGGAGUAGGAAAGGGCGCGCAGGUCGUGCAAAGGACACAUGUAAAUAUAUUAUUGAAAUAGACAGUGUACAUAUAAACACAAAUGUGACAUCGUAGAUAGUGUAAAUAUCACUUGUGGACAUUUGAACGUUUAGAUAUAUAAUAAAAUCGACAACGAUCGCAGCUUACCCUCCCGUAAGAAUUUAUUUAUUAAGUAAUUUUUAAGAUCAUUAUUAUGCAAAUUACGCAUUAUUCGAUUAACAAUACGUAUAUUUGUAAAUUGUGUCGGUAUUGUUAUUCUGCACAAUGCAGAAAUACUUUAAUGUAUGCGCUUAUGUUUUUUUUUUAAGAAACCGUAUUAUUAUAAUUAUUAUUAGUUUCACUUUCUCGGUGAAUCGAAAAGAUCCAAUUGAGUAGACCUUGUUCUAAAAAAGGUUUCAAUGUUAUUGUCUUGUCGGGACACACGACGUUCGGUCGCAACCAGACAUUCCAUGACUCUAAUCUUUUACCAACAUACACAAAUUGUUAAUGAAAUUGUGAUUUUGGUACCUAAAACAGUGCCUUAAGUUUUUUAUUUAUUCUUAAUUAUAAGCUAGGUG